AUGCUUGGUGUCGGUCAGCUCGUAAGUGAAUGGACUACUGGUGCUGCGAUUGCGCCACACGUGGAGCUUGGGGAUCUUCUCGAAUUCAGAAGAGUAGCACAACUCGGUGGUGUGCCCCGAAGCAUUUAUGCGCACUGGGCUGUGUAUAUAGGACGACAGGAAGGUGAAGCUCUUGUUGUUCACUUAUCCGGCGAUGGCAGUGACUUUCAAAAGUUUGACGGAAAUGGCGGGUCCUUCACUUCGUUUAGUCCUUCCUCUUCAGGGCUUAUGAAAGCUAGUUUGGCCCAGGUUCGAUGCGAUAAGUUGAUGGAUGUUGCUGGAGAGGACCUUGUGCGAGUUAACAAUGCACAUGAUGCGGAUCAUCAGCCGUUUCCACCGAGUAUUAUUGUCGAACGAGCAACGCUGAAGCUUGGUUCUGGCGACUAUAAUCUUGUAAUGAACAACUGUGAGCACUUCGUAAAGUGGUGUCGUUAUGGAAAUAAAAUUAGUGGUCAGGCAGUCGCUAUUAAGAGUUUAGCGUUGGCUACUACUUUGGCUUGUUUUGGAGUUCCUCCAUUAGCGGCUGUUGGAGCUGGUGUGGCUUUUCUCGCAUUGGCUACGCCUGUUUCGAAGCUGGCAAAUCGUUAUUUCGGAUCAAACUUCUCUAUGUUCUGA